AUGUAAAUCAUCUUAAAUCUUAUUGUUAAUGACUAGGAUGCUCUAGAUUCUUAUUAUUAAUGUCUUUUAUAAUGUUUAAAAACUUUAUUUUCUAUCGGAGUAUGCGCACAAUUUACCCGAACACGGAUUCCUCAAGUUGUGCAUGUCCUCAUGUCUUUCUAAUGUUCUAUGAAUUCUAAUAUCUCUGAAACGGGAUAAAAUAAGUCUAUUCUUAUAUAUUAUUGAUUAGUAUUUAGUAGAAACAGUUAGACUAUAGACAUUUGAUAAAAUGUCUCAAGACUACAUUCACGCGUGCGAAAGGGCGGAAUUGUUAGGAUUGCCGAUACCUAGUGAAGAAGAAUGGAAAGAGACCCAAAGAAUAGAAGCCGAGAAAAUUAAUAAUGAUAAAGAUGAAGUGAUCGAAAAUCUGGAUUCUUCUAAUGAAGCUGCGCAUCGAAUAGGUGGUGGAUUAGAUGAAUUAAAUAGUAUUCUCAGUGUUACGCAGAAGAAGAUUAACAGAUUCAAGUCUGUUUGUGGCAGUUUGGGUACUCUAUUGAAAGUAAGAGUUGGAUCCAAAAACAACACACCAAAUCAUAAAUUCGUUGAACGAAACCAUAAAGAAACAAAAGAAAUUGGUUCUGAAACAUCUAUGAGUGAAGAAAACUUGAUAGUAGAAUUAUCCAAUGACAAGAAACACAUAGAAAACACAGAAACUAAUGCAGUAAUGCCAAAAACAAUCAAUCUCAAUGAAAAGAUGGGAUCUCAUUUGGAUAAGUUAGACUCUCUCAUCACUAAAGCAGAAAGUGCUCAGUACAGCAUGCAGUAUCAAACAAAACAGAUGAAGAAAUUCUUGAAGUAAUUCUUCACAUUCUUUUAAGCAAAAGUAGUAUUCUAUUCUAAUAUUAUCAGGUCUCUUUGAAACUAACUCAUUAUUCAUAGUGCCAUGCUUGAAAAACCAUACAAGUUCAAAUCUGUAUUGUGUUAUGCAUGGUAAAGAUAGACAUAGAUAAUAGACUGAUAAAUAUACAAAGAUCACUAAAUUACUAUAAUAUUUAUCAAAUAUAUGAUAAUAUACAAAUGAGUAAUGGACAUUUUACAUUCUGAGAAAACAAAUAUUUAUUUUGCUUGACUGCUUAUUACACUUUAACAGCAUAUCAAUGCGUUAUAUAUAUAUAUUUAUUAUACAUAUGUAUAUUUAAUAUAUAUUUAAUAUCAUAUGCAUUAUAAUAUAUAUUUAAUAUACAUAUGUCCAUACAUAAGCAUUAUUGCUUUUCUAAAAUCUUAAGACACACUCAAUAAAAUGAAGUAAUAACAUUAAAGUGACUGGAUAAAACUUGUUCUUCCUAAUAUUUUCAUUAAAUCAUAUUCAUGUGAUCUAUUCUCAUAAUACAAUGACAAUUAAAUUUUUUUUACAAACAUGAAACACAAACACAAACAAUUUAUCAAUAUUCAAGCAGUUAUAAGUUAAAAUUGCUUCUUUCUAUGAAAGAAAUAUUAAAACAAUCAGUGUUAAUAUUAGCUAUCAAAUGGAUAGUAUAUGUGUAUAUAUUUUUCGUUAAUAAUUUUAUUAUAAAUUGAUAUAAUUAUAAUUGCAGUUAUUGCAUUGUAAACAUAACUAAUUAUAGUAUAGUAUGCUUAUUUAGCUAAUUUUUAAUUUUAGAUAUAAUAUUCUUCCUGUUUUUUCUAAUUGUAUGUUAUAAAUUAUAAUUUUUCAUUAAUUUAUAUUGCAAAUCUCAAUAAGUAAAGUGAAUUUAUUUCCUGCUGUAUGUUGUACUUAAAUUUAUUCAAAUUGUUAAUAUAUUUAUCUUAAAAUAUUUAAAUUUUGUAUAAAGAUUGCUUUAGAAACAGCUCAGAUUUUACAAUAUUGUGAGCUUAUGUAGUUAAGAUAAUUAUAUACAUUAUAUUAUUUACUUAUGUUACAUCAAAGUGAACAUAUAUCUAAUAUCAAAAAUGUUAUAUCUUGUUGUUAAUUGUCUUUAAAAAUGCAUAAUAUUUAAUAUCUAUUUUGUUAACUGAAUAUAUUUUAGGCAAAAAUAUUAAUUUUAAGCAAAAGUGAACAAUUCUUCUUAACAUUAACAAUAAAAGAAUUCACAGGAAAAUUAAUAACCUUAUAAAAUGCAAUUGUUACAAAUAAUUUAUUAUUGUUAUAAAGAUGUUGCAGUACCUGAGAUCAGGUAUUAGACAAUAUUUACGUGCCAUGUACAUACAAUAAUGUGAGUACAUAUUAUAUACGUACAUAGUA